CAUAUGGACAAAAUACGGCAAAAUCUUCUCUCACUGCAGUAUUGGAGACGGACCCUUCCAUCGUGAGAGACACAGUAAGGAUAUAUUUAAGGUUUCCAUUCCGGUACGUCUGGUUUUCUCCAAACUAUACUGAACGUCUGGAUCAAUGGCUAUUGUUGGUGGAACGUUCCGCAUGGUGUCAGAGGAAGAGCAGACGCUUAGGGCCAAAUUGGAGCGUCUCACAAUCAAAGACCAUGGACCAGUGUUUGGCACUUGUGCCAAGCUACCUGACCACACGGUGCAGAAGGCUAAGGAUGAGCUGAAUGAGACUGAGGGGAAAAAGGUGUCAGCAGUAAAGGAACUGAAGGAAAUGAUUAAAGAAAAAUCAGAAGGUGGAGAUGACCUGGCCAAAGCGGUGCAAGAAACGUUCAAUGAGAAACCUGAUGCAUUGUUUGUUAGGUUUAUUCGGGCCAGAAAGUAUGAUGUGAACAGGGCUUUUGAGCUCAUGAAGGGUUAUGUACGCUUCAGACGAGAUUAUCCUGAGCUCUUUGAGAACUUAAGCCCGGAGGCAGUACGCAGCACCAUUGAAGCUGGUUACCCAGGCAUCCUCUCUAGCAGAGACAAAUAUGGCCGUGUGGUGCUGCUCUUCAACAUUGAGAACUGGGACUAUGAAGAGAUCACCUUUGAUGAGAUCAUCAGAGCUUACUGUGUGAUUCUGGAGAAGUUGCUGGAGAAUGAAGAGACUCAGAUUAAUGGCUUCUGCAUCAUUGAAAACUUCAAAGGCUUCACCAUGCAACAGGCAUCCGGUAUCAAGCCAACAGAACUGAAGAAAAUGGUAGACAUGUUGCAGGACUCUUUUCCUGCACGUUUUAAAGCAGUUCACUUUAUCCACCAGCCCUGGUAUUUUACUACCACCUAUAAUGUGGUCAAACCUUUGUUAAAGAGCAAACUCCUGGAGAGGGUGUUUGUCCAUGGAGAGGAACUGGAGAACUACUACAAGGAGUUUGAUGCUGAUAUCUUGCCUGCAGAGUUUGAAGGAAAGGGGCACAAAUAUGACGGCAAGGCAAUUGCCGCAAAGCUUUUUGACUGAAAAAAUACAAGUGUCAUUAAAUCCUUCUGUAAUCUGAUUCUGUACGUUUUAAUAUUUUAGCUUAUAGAAUAAGUAUGUGAAAAUGUGUUUGUAAGUCAAAUCCAGUGUGGACAAUGACACACUCUUGUGGCAAAAAAAAAUCUGAUUACAUAAAAUGUCAUGUUUGUGUGUUGACAUAAAUGUCCUGAGGGAA